CUCGCUGUUAACAAUAUUUUAAAAAUUAACGCAACUCAUUUGGAACUUGUUGUCUCGAUUGUCAGGUUGUCCUGUCCUCAGGUUUUAGUUAUUUAUAAUUGUUGCCGAUUCUCUUCUCCUCACACUACACUAGCACACAAAAUACUUCCAGAAUUAAUGUAAACUUGAAGAAGACUGAAUAUUUUAGUUCUCUAACUAUAUUUUAUGCUCAUAUGGGGGCAUUAAAAUCACUUACGAACUUCACCGACAGGUUUUACGAACAAAUAUUAAAUGAAACUCAUGGUCAAUGGGAAAAUGUUUUUCUCUCCCCGUUCAAUAUCUAUACUGCCCUUGGAAUGGUUCUUUCUGGCAGUAAAAACAAUACGAAAGCCGAGAUGAUAAAGGCGAUGCAGUUGUCUGACUGUUCAGAACAUGAUCAAGUUCAUUGCGAGAUCGCUCAACUUCUAAAUGAUUGUUCGGAACCUAGUGAAGGUGUUGACAUAAUCCUUGCUAAUAGAUUGUUCGUUGCACAAAAUGUAAGAAUCAAGGAGCAGUUCAAAACCAAUCUAAAGACAUAUUACGAUGCUCCAACAGAACAUGUGGCAUUUGAAACUGACAUAGAAGGUUCUCGAAACCGGAUAAACCAGUGGGUUAGUGAACAAACUAAAGGACAAAUUCAAGAACUCCUUUCACCCGGUUCUUUAACAAACGACACGUCUGCAGUAGUGACAGCUACUACAUACUUCAAAGGUUUGUGGAAUGUGUCUUUUCCUGAGGAUAACUCGCAUACUAGCGAGUUUUACGCAUUAAACGGACCAAAAAUGAGUGUGAAGUUGAUGUACAACGAAUCGUAUUUCAAUAUGAUCAGUUUGCCCCACUUAAAGUCACAUGCUGUCAAGAUACCAUUUAAAAACCCAAAGUUUACGUUAUUGAUUAUUCUUCCAGAUGAAAAUGAUGGAUUGCCAGAUUUACUGAAUUCGAUGUAUAAACAUGGUGGAAUUUCUUCAAUACUUUCCACGAGUUUUCAAAAUACAAAAUUGCAGUUGUAUAUGCCUAAAUUUAAAUUAAGAGAAGGUGAUGCAAUAAAACUGAAAGAUCAUCUGCAGAAAUUAGGAAUAACUGAUGCAUUCUGUCCUUUUUCAGCUGACUUUUCAAAUGUUUCUGACUCAGAUAGAAUGUGUAUAUCAGAUGUGAUGCAUAAGGCUAUUUUUGAAGUGGAUGAAAAAGGUGCAGUGGCGGCUGCAGCUACAGCAAUACCAAUGGUAAAAUGUACAGCUGUAAGAUCUUACAAACCUGUACCAAAAUUUCGUAUUGAUCAUCCAUUCUUUAUUUCAAUUGUUUGGAAUAAUUCUCUACCAAUAUUUCUUGGACAUAUUACAUCACCAUUGGAUUGAAUCAAAAGAAAGGAAGAAAAAAAACUUGAUCAUUAUAACUUAUAUAAGAAUGAUCAUCUAUUGCCUACUAUUCAUUUCAUAUAUAAGUAGGAAUAUUUUUUUUUAUAAACGAGUUCAUUUCACUUUUAUAUCUGUGAUCAUAUGUUUUCCUUCUUUUUUUUAUAGUUUUUCUUUUUUGUUAAAAGUUUUAUUGAUUUUUUUUAAUCUUUUUUUUUCUCUAUAAUAUGACUUUUAUAUUCCCAUGACUACUAAUCAGUAACUCAUGAGAUUUUGUUUGAUUGUUUCUAUGCAUAUUUUUAAAAUAAUACAUAUAUUAGUGGGUAGUAAUAAUAAUAAUAAUAGUAAAGACUAGAUAUAUGGAAUUACAUCAUAGCCUGUAAGAUUGAUCAGAUAUUCAAAAGGAAAGAAAAUCACACACAUACACACAUACAUGCAUCAGUGACAAUUUUGAAACCAGAUCACGGAUUGAUAGUUUUGGGCUACCAAUUUAAUUGUACCUUAUGAUUCAUCAGUUGACAUAGUAGUGUGAAGCUGUUUCUCAAGAAAAACUUGAUGCCCAGACUUCAAGAAAAUCGGUUUUCGAUAUUUAGGCUACUUGUUUGGAUGCUUGGAUUCAUUGAUAAUACGAUAGGGGUUCUACCUUUAUAAGUAUGCUUUCUAAAGAACUAUAUCAGAUGUUAAGAAUUCGCAAAGAA